AUGGCCUCGAAGACGGUCCUCGGCCGAGCCAGAGCCAAAGCUACCAGCCGGCCGUUUUCAGCCAUGGCGUCGCCGUCGUCGCCCUCCUUGGCGUCGCAAACCCCCCUCGAGGACACCAUCAGGGAAAAGAUCACAGCCGCGCUAUCGCCGUCGACGCUCGAGAUCCACAACGACUCGCACCUGCACGCGCACCACCAGGCGAUGGAGGGGAGCACGUCGCGCGAGACGCAUUUCCGGCUCGUCAUCACGUCGGCGGCCUUCGAGGCCAAGCGGCAGCCGGCGCGGCACCGGCUCGUCUACGGCCUGCUGAGCGACGAGAUGGCCAGGGAGGGCGGCAUCCACGCCCUACAGCUGCGUACCCUGACCCCCGAGGAAGAGGAGAGCCGGCGCAAGGCUGCGGAGGCCGAUGGCGAGGGCGAGAGCGAGAGCGCUAACUGAACUGAAGAGUAAGCUGCUCGGGAGAGAGGAACGGUGACAGAAUGAGAGAGAGAGAGAGAGAGAGAG